ACAACAUUGCCGACGAACAAGAUUUCAUUCAUCUCCUGCUGACCUUCCGUGUCGAAGAUGAACCCUACUGGGUACAGGGUGUUGAGGUCCCCUUCACGAUGUCCGCUACGUAUGUCAGCGACUACACCCGUACCCCUGUGCUAUUGGUUGAUGAUAGCAUAGUGAUGACGGUCGUCGAACCACAGUUGAGUUUGAGAGUUGAGGUGCCGCUGUUAUUCUGGGUACACAUCCAAUGAGCUUGAGGGGUGCACAGCAGUUGGUAGAACAGCCGGUGAUAUCCUCAACUAUGGGCUGACUGUCACACACCAUGUUGACUACACAGGCAAUGCCUUCGACCUCUUCAUCAUGGUCCACUCAGACCUACCCUCAGAUAUAAUUCAAGACUCCCACUUCUUCAGUCACCCUCCUCCAGCGUUUGUCCAUGAUCUGGAGAACAUGCCCUCCCUGCAGCAGCUUAACUUCCAUGAGUACGAGGUUUACAUCUUGAGGUUUAAUCAGGCUCAGAUGUGUGAGAGGUUUGUGGUACCUCAUCGUAUCCACCCUGAGGUUGAGGUGUAUGCCGGGAUGUCAUGGAAGACUCAGGUCUCCAUGUGGUAUAACUCAGCCAAGCCCUACAACGUUCCCGUCGGUUUAAACCCGGGGUCUCGCCUCUACCGUAUGCCCAAGAACAUCACCUUCAACCUCACAGCACCUGCCCCCAGCUCCCGCUUCCUCAUGCUGCCUCCGACGGGAGGCUCCAGUGCCAUUGACUUUGAGGUGUACUCCUCGUCCGAAGUGACCCAUGAGGUGACUGUCAACCUCAGAAAGGAGCGAGAGGUCACGUUCAGAAUGGAAGUUGUCGUUCCUAAGAUCAGCUGUAAUAUGACGGUUCUGCUGGCACUUCCUGAAGGGAAUGGAUUCCAAUUUGAGUCCGUUCGGAUUGUCAAGAUGGGUAGCCGAAUCAGCUUCCCGACGGAGAAGUUAUCUAAUGAGUCCUUGACGACGGAUAUCCAAGGCAACAAGUUCUUCUUUGCCGAGUUGCCAGAUAUCUACAGUCAUCCGAACACAAUUACCAAGCAGAGGGAAUUAAAUUCCACCAUUCAGCGUUGCUUCAAGACCAUGAAAGGAGAGCAGCAGCCUUAUCCAACUAAUCCUAGCUGCAUCACGGUCAACGGCACCAACUACGAGAAGGCCAUCCUUAUCGGCUGCUUCCAUGAUCUGGACCAUUUUUUCGAUGUUGCCAAAGUCACGACAGACCACCCUGAGAACCUCAACUUCUCUAAAGUCAUGACAAGGGAGUUGUGUCAGAAGCUAUGCAGGGAGGACAACUUUUACAUUUCGGCCACAAAGAAUGGCUCCGACUGUCACUGUGGAAACCACACCACAUUCCGUCGCUAUGCCGACACCGCUCAUUCUCUGUACACACCCUCCAAUCACACCGUCCUGGAGCCGUACUAUCAAACGGUCUUCUUUGACUGCAACAAGACCAGACUCGCAUGGAACAAUUACACAGUGGUCGACAUCUGCAUGGAUCAGGUGCUACACCAAUCCUGCCUGCUAGACUCGGGAAGGAUCUGCCGGAAUGAGACGUUGACUGAAUGCCGCGGAAGUUUCGCCCAGCUCUGCCAGGAGGAAGCUGAGGUUGCGUGUGGCGAUAUAGAGGACUCACAUUGCAUGAAUGACAGCAAGGCAAACUGCACCAAUGUGCACGAUGGGGUCUGCUUGCAGCUUGCUGAGGUAAACUGCAGAGGUACCGUUGAGGAGGCAUGCUUGAAGACAGCCAGAGAGAGUUUCUAUCAACAUGAUUCCAUGAUCUCCGAAGAAGCACAAGCUUGCUGCGUUGACGCCUACGCAGGAAGCUGUGUCAAUCAGUUUAAUGAGACGUGUGCCAAACAAGCCAGGGGAAUAUGUGUGGACUACGGGUACAUAUUCGUCCACCACAAUGCCUCAUAUGAGACCUGUUUGGAGCUCGAGGCUGAGGAAUGCAUGGAGGAGUGGCGAGUCCUGUGCGCUGUCAACGGCUCAGACGUUUGCCAGAACACCUCCGCGGGUGUUUGGAACGACACAGCAAUCUCCUGCCACCAUCUGACCAUCACCCUCUACAAUGUAACAACUGCUAAUUGCACCUCGCAGCAGCUGUCCAACUGUACCUCCUGCUUGUAUGAGAACCUCAUGAGGUGUGAGGCUAACUUGACAGGAGGCAAUGAGAGCAGAUGUAUUGAGGAGGCAGUUGUGAACUGCAAUACCUCUUGUGUGCAUCAGAGGUGUGAAUACAAGUUCUAUGAGGUGCUGGAAAGCUAUCUGUUCCAGAACUGCAGUCAUUUAGUCGCAGAGAGCUAUGAUGUGGUGAGUUGA